AUGUCAAAAGCACCCACGCCCUCAUUGCCCCUCUACAAUGCCGGCGGCCUGCCCUCCAAGUCUUCGCGGCCCUCGUCGCCCAUGCUGCAGCCGCCAGAAGCCCUCAAGCGGAGCACCACGCCCUCAUCAAUAACAUCGGCCCAUUCCCUCCUCUCGGCCCAGGACACGGCCCACAAGCUCUCUACGUCGCUGACACAUGGCCUCUCCGCCUCGGACGCUUCGGCGCGCAUUCACAUCCAUGGCACCAACGAACUCCCCCACGAGGAGCCCGAGCCGCUCUGGCUCCGCUUCCUCAAGCAGUUCAAAGAGACGCUCAUCCUGCUGCUGCUGGGCUCGGCUGGCGUGUCCCUCGUACUCGGCAAUCUGGAAGACGCCGUGAGCAUUGCCGUGGCCGUGACCAUUGUGGUGACGGUGGGCUUCGUACAAGAAUACCGAUCCGAGAAGUCGAUUGAGGCGCUGAAUCAGCUGGUUCCGCAUUCGGCACACAUCAUUCGCGCUGGCGUGGAGCCAUCACGCGGCCGUCGCCUGCCAAAUGGUACGGCAACUGAGAGCAUAGAGUUGGACAACUUGAAAGACACCACGGCAUCGCUGGCAGCGGCAGAGCGCAAGUCUACUACCAUAUCCGCGACACUGUUGGUGCCGGGCGACCUGGUCUUGUUCCACACUGGAGACCGCAUACCAGCCGAUAUCCGCAUCACGCACGCAGCCGACCUCAGCAUUGACGAGUCCAACCUCACUGGAGAGAACGAGCCUGUCGCCAAGUCGCCAGAUACCAUCACGCCCCCGCCGGCCCUACAACGACCGUCUUCGCCUUUCUACGCCUCUGAAGCCGCUGGAACGGUCGGUGCUGAUAUACGGUUGAACGAUCAGAAGAACAUUGCAUUCAUGGGUACAUUGGUCAGGUCGGGCUAUGGACAGGGCAUUGUCGUCGGCACAGGAGGCAACACUGAGUUUGGCGCCAUUUCUGCUUCUCUGCAGCAAAUCGAGAGCCCGCGCACGCCGCUACAACUUUCCAUGGACCGCCUAGGCAAAGAUCUGAGCUACAUGUCCUUCGGAGUCAUUGCCUUCAUUGGGCUGGUGGGACUGUGGCGUGGUUGGAAAUUCCUACAGGUCUUUCAGAUUGCUGUGUCACUUGCUGUCGCGGCCAUCCCUGAAGGACUACCCAUCAUUGUUACUGUCACGCUUGCGUUGGGCGUGCUGAGGAUGUCUAAGCGCGACGCCAUUGUUCGACGGUUACCUAGUGUUGAGACCUUGGCUUCGGUCAAUGUCGUGUGUACUGACAAGACAGGCACAUUGACCACGAAUCACAUGACCGUGACCAAGAUAUGGCAUUUUGACGAAGCAUCACCAGUCGAUGUUAAGAAGAAGCACGAUUCUACGGACCUCGACUCACCUACGCGCAACAUACUUCGGAUCGGCAAUAUUGUCAAUAAUGCUCGCUUAUUGAGCGACCAGGCAGCCUCAGCAUCAACUGCUGCGGUACUAUCCUCAACUCUUGGAGGCGAUGACAAUACCGCAGCGAAGAGCCGAUGGGUUGGCCAACCUACCGAUGUUGCUCUUCUUGACCUCAUGGAUGCUUUUGGAGAAGACGAUAUCCGGGAAAUGCUCGGUGAUCGCAAGUUCGAGACACCAUUCAGUUCGGAAAGGAAGUGGAUGGGUGUCGUCGUUGGCGGUAGUUCUGGCAAUCUCACCCCUGGGUCUGACUAUGCCUAUAUCAAAGGUGCACUCGAGCGAGUUCUGGACCGUUGUGACAUGUACGUAACGGCACAAGGAAAAGAGGUGGCACUCGACCAAGCACGCAGGCAGGAAGCGAUGAAGGCCGCUGACCAAAUGGCACAAGAGGGUUUGCGUGUGCUCGGCUUCGCAAGUGGUGCGUCCAGAGGAAAGAAGAGGAACGCCAGUGGCACCGCUUCACCAGCACCGUCUACAAACUCGGCCCUUGGCGACGAUGAGCACUACCGCGGUCUCGUGUUCGCUGGAUUGGUUGGCAUGAACGAUCCGCCACGAAAGGGCGUUGAGAGAGCUAUUCGAAGACUCAUCGCCGGCAAAGUCAAGGUCAUCAUGAUCACUGGCGAUGCAGAGACCACAGCAGUCGCCAUCGGCAAGAGUCUGGGUAUGCCCAUUAUGCCGAAUUCAGCACUCGGGCGCUCGGUUAUCCGUGGCGACGAAUUGGAUCAGAUGAGCGAGGAAGAACUUGCACAAGCCAUUGCGACAACCUCGAUCUUUGCGCGAACUAGUCCUGAGCACAAGAUGAAGAUUGUCCGAGCGCUGCAAUCACGAGGCGACGUUGUGGCAAUGACUGGCGACGGUGUCAACGAUGCGCCCGCGCUCAAGAAAGCAGACAUUGGAAUCUCCAUGGGUAGAUUGGGUACGGAUGUUGCGAAAGAGGCCGCAGAUAUGAUUCUGACAGAUGACAACUUUGCGACCAUUCUGAACGCGAUAGAAGAGGGCAAAGGCAUCUUCUAUAACAUCCAAAACUUCCUUACCUUCCAGCUCAGCACCAGCGCGGCGGCACUGAGCUUAGUACUCCUGAGCACAUUCCUUGGCUUCGAGAAUCCGCUAAAUGCCAUGCAGAUUCUCUGGAUCAACAUCCUCAUGGACGGCCCACCCGCGCAAUCUCUCGGUGUAGAACCUGUUGACCCAGCCGUCAUGGCCCUGCCCCCACGCCCACGCCAGGCACGCGUCCUGACCCGCCCACUCAUUCAGCGCGUCCUCCAAUCCGCCACCAUCAUCAUGCUUGGCACACUUACAACCUAUUACCUCGAGAUGUCCACCGAUAACAUUGUCACCGCGCGCGACACCACCAUGACGUUUACCUGCUUUGUUCUCUUCGAUAUGUUCAACGCACUAACUUGCCGCUCCUCCAGCAAGUCCGUCCUCGCAGGCGAGAUUGGCGUAUUCGACAACAAGAUGUUUAACUAUGCCGUGUCGGGCAGCUUGAUUGGCCAGUUAGCAGUCAUCUACUUUCCGCCGCUGCAAAGCGUUUUCCAAACUGAGGCGCUCGGCUUGGGCGAUCUCGCGCAUCUUGUCGCAGUGGCAAGUUGUGUAUUUUGGGCAGAUGAAGGGAGAAAGUGUAUGCCUCCAUCACUGCCAAUACUGGAAGCUCAGGACUUUAUUCGCCGGGAGAUCAAGACCGGGAAUCACAUGCCUGCGGAUAGGUUAGCUGUUUUGAAAGAGGCGAUGUCCUUUGUGAACCAUCUAUCUCAAGUCAACAAGCCAUGUGACCGCACUAACUCACCUACUUCGCGAGUUCUUGACGUACUGGAAGACAUAUCGUACCCUACCAUCGAGGUUCUCUAUUGGAUGGUCCGUGACUUGAAAGGACGCAACCUUGGACCCCACGUGCUAGAUUACUUCAAGCAUGUCUCGCCAAAAUCUCUCAAGAACAUGGGACACGCAUUAAUUUACAAGACCGUGGAUCCUGAGACCUUGCUACUCUAUUCAAUCUGCGUGAACUCCGCUGCCUUCAAGUUCAUCAAUACUGUGCUAGGAGAGGAUAGUAUGGGAGAUGUUGGAGCGGGUAUGCUUGAAAGUGCUUCGAAAUAUCUCAAAAGUAUCAAGCUGGCCAUGAUGCGUAUCCACCUGCUAUCUGCUCCUUCGCUUGUUCUUUUACAGUCACUUCUGUGCAGUGCGUUCAUCGCGCAAGGCGCUGGAGAGUUGACAAAUUGUUGGACGUUCAUCACAGCUGCUUGUAGAAUGUGCGAAGAUCUAUGCCUUGAAGCCCGGGUGAAAGCCUGCAGAACCGAGACAGAAGAUGAAAUGGAGAUCUACUACUGUUAUACAUGGUGUCAUAUCCUUGACAAGAACUACUCCAUGAUGCAGGGAAAGAGCCGCUUUCUGCUUGAGUAUGAUGGCUUGGAUGCGGCAUUGUCGUCACCCUUCAACAAAGACAUGUCAUCUCUGCUAUCCACCUACUUGCACUUCGUCCCUAUCCAGGCGAUUUACAUGUCGGAGCUUCAUUCAGAUCGGAUUUCGAACAAAAAGUCGCUUCUAUCGAGGGUCCAAAUUGUGGUCAAGGAUUUGCUUGAGAGACUGGAGCAGGUAUACAGCAGAAUAACAAGUUUGCAUGCUGAGUCGGAGUCGUGGUGUGGCCUACACGUUGCGAGUGAGCUGAGUACCGUUCAAUUCUCAUAUCAUUCACUCCGGACUUCUAUUCUACGCUCAAGACAGAUCUGUCAGCCCGCAAAACCGCAUAUUGAUAUCGAUUGUCUUCAGUCCGCGCGUAUGGCUAUGACUACUCUCAAGGUCAUUCAGAAAGAGUCUAUGACCAUCACUGAUGUUCGAGCACAUAUAUCGUAUAUGCAUUGGACCGUACUCUACCACCCAUUGACGCCUUUCUUCGUCCUGUUCUGUAACAUUGUAGCCUCGUCCAACGAGUCAGAUUUUGAGUUGCUUACCACCGUUACGUCACAGCUCGACGGACUUGCGGAUCUGAGCCCUCCGAUUGCCAAAUUACAGACACUCUUCAAGUCAUUCCUUGGGCUUUGCGAAGGUCUUGUCACCGGAACCAAGGAGACGUCACCAUACGCAGCGCAAUGCAUGCACCCCCAGCAGACCACCGGCCAGGACCGAGCAGUUACGUCUGCACCGCAGACUCCUGUCCAGUUGGCUGGGGGACAACUGCAGUUGCCUACGAAUACGAGUGGGAUCAACGCUGAAUACACACGUCUGGUUCAGUCCGCUGACCAUGUGGCGAUGGAAUUCCCGAUCGAUAAUGGUUUAGGCUUACUUGACCCAAGCUGGGAAUUGUUCGAUACCCAACCUACCAUGGGAUGGCUAGACGCCGACUUCUCAUUCUUUGAUGGCAAUCAAUGA